UUAUGACGUGAAGUAAAUUUUUUUUAUUGUAACAAAAAAUUGUAUUAGAAACGAAUAUAACCUGCGGGAUUACUACAAAAAAAUAAACCAAGGCAAACAACACAGGAAUAAUUACUAUAAGUGAUAGAAUUGUAACGUAUCCCGUUAUACUAGUUGUAAAUAAAAGAAGAGUAUGAGUAGUAAAUCGUACUUCGAAGAACCAGGCGAGGAUAGUAGCAAACUUGCUAAAAAGGCAAAAGAUUCACCAUUUAUGAUUGUGGGAAUGGCAGGUUUUGUGGUGGCUGGUCUGAUAGGUGCUUAUAAAUAUCGACAUCGUGGAACAAUGAGUACAAGUGUAUUUCUAAUGCAAUUACGUGUGGCAGCUCAGGGAACGGUCGUUGGUUGUUUAACGAUCGGUUUGGCUUACGCUAUGAUUAACGAACAUGUUCUUAAAAAAUCCGAUGAAAAUAAAUUAAACAAACAGUAAAUUAACAGAUAUAUUUUUGUGCGUAAGAUUAAGAGGCAAAGUUACAUUACGAAAUCAUUCAUUAUAAACCUCAGUCAUCUCUCCUUCCCCAUGAAUGUGAUGUUUUCAAAACAGCCAAGCGAAACGAAUAAACACAUGACGCCUCACCAUCAGAUUACAAAUGAAAACUAUGUUCUCUGUGAUAUUUAAAAUGUGUAUAUAUAUCUUUUAACUUAAAUUAAAAUGUACAAUAGAGAGUGUGUGUGCAAAUACAAAUACACCUGGCACAAUUUGUUGUUCACCUCCUUCUAUUUAGUUCAAAUUGUUGUCAGUUUUCAAAAACA